AGGAACUUGAUCCCCCUGCUGGCAGCCAGAGGGGGAACAGUCGCGUUCGCUGGCUGCGCUGUGUGGCAGACUCUGGAAGAACAGGGAGGGGUUCGGACCGACACACGGUUCUGUGUCUGCACUCUCGCCGAGGAAAACUCCUCGAACCGACGCUCCAGCAAUGGCAGAAGCCCACCAGGCAGUGGCGUUCCAGUUCACCAUCACACCAGAGGGUAUUGACCUGCAGCUCUCCUACCAGGCCCUGAACCAGAUCUACCUGUCUGGAGUACGAGCAUGGAAGAAACGAGUCAGCCGCAUCAGGAACAGGGUGAUCAAGGGAGUGUACCCCGCCAGCCCUUCCUCCUGGCUCUUUGUUGUCAUAGCGAUCCUGGCCACCAUGUACAUGCGCUCAGAUCCCAGCAUGGGCCUCAUCGCCAAGAUACAGCAACACCUGCCGCUGAGUCUCCACGUGUCCCUCAGUUCGCAGGGUCAGACCAUGUUGUCAGCGCUGGUCUUCAGCACGCUGCUGUGGCUCUCCCUCAUCCUCGCCCUAAGGUUCUGCCUUAAGCUUCUCCUCUCCUACCACCAGUGGAUGUUCGAGCAGCAUGGCCGCAUUUCCAACACCACUAAAGUCUGGGUGACUCUGUUGAGGUUGUUGUCGAGCAGGAAGCCUCUGCUGUACAGUUAUCAGACCUCUCUCCCUCACCUGCCUGUUCCUUCCAUCAAAGACACACUGAGCAGGUAUCUGGAGUCUGCACGUCCUCUGCUCACAGAUUCAGAGUUUAAUCGGAUGAUGGAACUGGGCAAUCAGUUUGAGUCUAGUCUGGGAAACCGUCUCCAACGCUACUUGAAACUUAAAGCUCUGUGGGCCACGAACUAUGUGAGCGACUGGUGGGAGGAAUACAUCUACUUGAGAAGCAGAAGUCCUAUUAUGGUCAACAGCAACUACUACGGCAUGGACUUUCUGUAUGUGACCCCAACCCCAGUGCAGGCUGCCAGAGCAGGCAACACCAUUACUGCCCUGCUGCUGUACCGCCGCAAGGUCAACAGGGAGGAACUCAAACCGAGUCGUGUUCCAGGUACAGUCAUCCCUCUGUGUGCCGCCCAGUGUGAGAGGAUGUUCAACACAACGCGCACUCCAGGAGACGAGACUGAUGUACUGCAGCACUGGCAGGACAGUGAGUUUGUGGCGGUGUACCACAAGGGGCGCUUCUUCCGUCUGUGGGUGUACCGGGCAGGCCGCCUGCUGACCCCCAGGGAGAUCGAGUACCAGGUCCAGAGGAUCCUGGAUGACUCUUCACCCCCCCAACCUGGAGAGGACAAACUGGGAGCUCUCACUGCAGGCGACAGGAUUCCUUGGUUUCAAACGAGGAAGCAGUACUUUAGCUCCGGCAUCAACAAGCGAUCGCUGGACGCAAUCGAGAGGGCGGCCUUCUUCGUAACUCUGGACGAUGAAGAGCAAGGCAUGAGGGGAGAAGACCCGGCAGGAAACCUGGACCGCUACGCCAAGUCCCUGCUCCACGGGAAAUGUUAUGACAGGUGGUUUGAUAAAUCAUUCUCUAUUGUGAUCUACAAGAAUGGGAAGAGUGGACUGAAUGCAGAGCACUCCUGGGCUGACGCACCCACUGUGGCUCACCUUUGGGAGUACACCCUGGCCACAGAUGCCUUCCAGCUUGGCUACAAUGAGAACGGGCAUUGUAAAGGUGAGGUGGACCGCUCACUGCCCCACCCUCAGAGGCUUCUCUGGGACAUCCCCUCAGAGGUCGAGGCUCAGGUGCAAAGAUCCCUGACUGUGGCUCAGGCUCUGGCAGACGACGUGGACUGCCACGUGUUCCCCUUCAGCCAGUUCGGCAAAGGACGGAUCAAGAAGCUCCGCGUCAGCCCAGACGCAUUCAUACAGAUCAGCUUACAGCUGGCAUACUACAGGGAUCGCGCUAGUUUCUGUUUGACCUAUGAGGCGUCGAUGACCCGUCUGUUCAGGGAGGGCAGGACGGAGACUGUGCGAUCCUGCUCCAACGAAAGCUCUGCUUUUGUCAAAGCUCUGGAGGCUGGAGAGGCAAAAGAACAGUGCAGGCAUCUCUUCCGACUGGCUUCAGAGAGGCACCAGAACCUCUAUCGAAUGGCGAUGACUGGAGCUGGAAUAGACAGACACCUCUUCUGCCUGUACGUGGUGUCCAAGUAUUUGGGGGUGGAGUCACCGUUCCUGAAAGAGGUUUUGUCGGAACCGUGGCGUCUCUCCACCAGUCAGACCCCAGUUCAGCAGAUGGAGCUGUUCGACCUGAAGAAUCACCCAGACUUCGUAUCACUGGGCGGAGGGUUCGGACCUGUUGCUGAUGAUGGUUAUGGGGUGUCAUACAUCAUCGUGGGCGAGGAUAUGAUCAACUUCCACGUGUCGUCCAAAUAUUCCUUCAGUGAGACUGACUCCCACAGGUUUGGAGCUCAGAUAAGCAAAGCUCUCCACGACAUCAUGACUCUCCUCACUCCUGAUGCCAAAACCCCCUCUUCCCCCAAAGGUGCAGCCCAGCCUCAGUCCAAGAAGCUUCUCUGAACACGGCUUUCACAGAGAGUGUCGGACCCGUAGAGAACCCGUUAUGUAGAACCCUUAAUGUUAAAAGAGCAAAUCGUACAUAUGACUGAUUAUAGACAUGAAAGCGUUUAUUAAAAGUGAAUUUGAUAAGUAAACCCAAGGGAGAUCCCAGCCCAGCAAAGCUACAGGCUGAUGUCAUGGUGCUGCCACGCCGCACCUGAAUGUUAUGAUUUACAUUCUUCUGCCAAAAGUUCUGUAGUGGACAAGCCUUUCUGCUUAGACAAAUAUAUUUCACUACUAUUCAGCACCAACUCAUAGACGUGUGAAAACAAAAAGCUUCCAGUCCCGCCUUUUUGAGAGCAUGAACCCUGUGAUGGGUGAUUUUGAGGGAGGGAGUGAAGGUCGUCAGUUGAGAAGGAAGUCUUUAGGAGAAAUGUAAGAGACAAUUAAAAGUGAAAAGGGAAAUAGUGUUUUAGAUUGUAACCAGAGCCGAGUGUGAAAUGACGCCGUGCAGCUGAUCUCACUGACAUGAAUCAUAAUAGUUUAAUGGUCAUGGAGUGCAUGUUGUAGUUCAUUGCUAAAAAUCCAAAAAGCCCCCCAAAAAAAUUACGUAUCAUAAGGAGGAGGAUAAGACUGAAGCAGAGAAGAGUCGUACUUGCAGACCUCUGACUAAAGCAGCCCAGUUGUUCUUGUCAUGUACUAAUCAGACGGGACACUUAGUCCUGAUUGGAAACAUUUUACCAAUUGAUGUUUUGAGUCGCCUGAAUCAGUGGUGAACUACCUUCAUGACUUUGUAGCCGGCUCUUCAGUGACAGAGAGGAUGUUUUUGCCGUUGUUACAAUUACAAGUAUCUGUGAUAAAAAGUAAAAUGCAACAACACCGACAAAUGCAUCUGAGUAACUUCAGAGUGAAAACGAAAGCUAGCAAAAUGUGUUCCCCCUUAAAACUGUCUCUCCCUGAGGUCCGACGGCACGUUGAGGGCAAUUCCAUCAUCAGGAAAACAUUUGCAGAACCAGCGUUUUUAAGGACCAUGCUGGCUGGCUGACUGACCGUCUCCCUCUCCACUGUCUCACUACAAUUGUGUGAAACGUGUAGUAAUCUGUGGCCAUGUUUUAUUGGACGAGUUUUGACAUUCUCUUCAAUCAGCUGUUAAAUUAAGAACCACAACUUUCACUGUAUCAGGUUCAAUGUGAACUGCAGUGGCUUGAUGGUGGGAGUGGUCAGUGAUGACUGGCAGCAGUUUGAGCUUCGUGUAAUGUAGAGAAACUGUUAGUUUCUCUACAUUACACAUUGCCUCAUUCAUUUGAUGGUUUGAAUUCACUGGUUCCACAUUAAUUCAUCAACCCCUUGAGCAAUCAGUUAUUUCAGGCUCCAUUUUGUCCAAGAUCAAGUGAUAACUGCUAAUGUAAUACUGAAGUUUUAUUUAAACCCAUGCACAGGAAGGGAGGGAGAAAACAUUAUUUUCUUUUCUUUUUUAACUGAUUUUUUUUACUGAUCCAUUUAAUAAGAUGUAGAGGAUUUAGGUCAAAUGUCUUGUAACAUUGUGUUGAUGGUCCGAACUGGACCGUUGCCGUGUGACGUACAGUAGCUCGGCCUUCUGAUCGCCCGUACUAACUGAACCAGUGAUUUUUAUUCUUCUGCAAACCAGUUUCAAAUGGUCUCCUUUCUUCCUGAAGGUUAAACCAGUGCCAAGCUUCUUUAUCUUAUCCCUCCCAAUCUGUGACCUCAAGUUGGGUAAGGUGCCGCGCCGGGCUGACAUCACUUUAUAACCAACGGUAGACAUGGCCCCAACCCUCCGAGCAGUAGAAGUGACCCUGUCGAGUCUGUGCACUUCAAUAAAUCAGAACUAAAUAUAAGGAUUAUAGGACGUCAGUUAUGCAUUAAAUGAGAUGAAGAGAAGCAGCAAUUAGAACACCCAUUUCGAAGGUCAUUAAGUGUAAAAUAAUGCAGUCCUAUUGUGGACCAACAGUUCUUUUUGCCAUGAGUCAUAGAUCACACUAUGACUCAUCCCUGUUUCAGAGCUGUGGGGUUAAAGAAAUGCGUGUGAGCCUGAAUUCGAGUAUCGAUUCAGUGAAACCGUUUCAAUGCAACUUUGAAAUCAAUGCAAUUCCUGAGGGGAAACCUUGCCACGUUAUACUCAAGUGUGUUCUGUGUGUUGAUAAGAAUGUAUUGCAGUUGGCCAGAUAACUACUGUACCAUUACUAAUGUCAGGAUAUGUCUUCAUGUGCAAUGUUCACCAUAACACAUGAAACCAAUAUGGAUAAACAUAGAUUUCCGAAUGAUUUCUGCUUUUCACUCCUUUUAUAACCAGAAUAUUAACUUACUACACCAUGCUCAUGUUUCCUACCUAUAGUCUAAUUUCAUAUCCCUUUUUCAGAGAGAGUGAUGUCUUAAUAUUCUCAAAAACCUCAGACCAUAGUGGCUUAGUGUCUCAUUUCCCAAACUGUUGAAUGGCAGAGGAACUGUUUUUAUUCAGCCAAAAGACUAAUAAGACCGUUCCUACAGCUGCAGCAGUGGACACUCACAACUUCUCUACCUCUCGUGACUUUUUCUGAAUGUGGAAGGCCCAAAAGAACCCGCUUGUUGGUUUUCCUCUUGUAACAGACAAACUUUUUUAUUUUUUUCCAAAGCAAUGUAUUGUUUUCAGGUUAUCACAAAAUGAUAAAAAAAAAAAUUGAGGGAGUGUUCAAAUAAAAUGUUUGACCAGUUUGUCACGGUAACAUGGUCAAGAGCGUUUUGAAACCUGUUUUUGUACUCUACACUCCACUGGUGUCGUUAAUAAGGGCUUCUUAGUUAUACCUUUUUUUUUCUUUUCUUUUUUUCACAUGCUGCAGUUUGUCCAGGAGCUUAACUCAAAGCAUUAAAUAUGAGAAAUGUCAAUUAUCACUCACCAAUAUCUCUCACCUUACCCUGCCUGAAAACCAUAGAACCAAUGAAACCGCUUCUGUGCCUCAGACGACUCCAGUGUGCCACAUGUCUUGCCCGACACCGGACUGUGUCCUCUGGCUUUCAACAGUUUGGACAAUGAGCCUCACAAAACGGCAGCGAAGGUCACGUCUAGCAGCAGCGUUACAAUUUACUGUCAGGACUAAAGUUUAAUAUUAAUACUAGCACGAGGUCUUUUCUUACUCAUUUGAUAUCGGGAUACAUUUUAAUUUCUGUUAUUUCUCUGUAACCUGUCAUGUCUACUGUUUGUUUGUUUGUUUUUACACUAGGUUAAUUGUGGUAAUGCUUGAAGAUUUUAGUAACUUUUCGUGUUUAAAGUUAUGAUAUCCCAUGUUUACUGACCAUACACUCCUGAAUAUCCAUGUUACUGGGUUGUUUUUUUCAGUUUGUUUUUUCAUUGUUAAGCUUAUUUACAUGUAAAUUGUGGCUUUUUACAGACGGUGACUGCAUGUGAUGUCAAUUAAAAAAACCUUUCCCUGCGGUGCCGCUGGAUUCUUUCUAACUGUUCAAUGUAACUUUUGCACCGCAUCUGUGGACGUGAGGCCGCGGGAGUGAGCAGUGACCCCGGGGGACCUCCCCACUGGCUCCUAGUUAACAGUAGCUGGAAUGGGUUGUUGGAGAGUCCGCCACUUUCCAUCGUCUCCGGCUCGGGACGUCGACGCAUCGUUUCGGAAACCCCGGGAUGAUGUCACAGGGGCAACAGGGGGAAGAGGAGGAGAGAGGAAGAGGAGGGAGAAGACGCGGCCGAAAGUGAAAGUAAAAGUCCAAGGCAGAAUGCGUGCGGCUGCAGCUCAGAGUCGAUGGACCUCGCCAGCAGCAAACCACGGUGUCCCUGAUCGCCUCGUCAAAGGAAGACUGCUUCGACUAUUUUAAGAUCGAGACAUGGGUAUGU